AUGCGCUACGACGAUUGGGAUGUGAUCCUCUUCCCAAAGGACUCUCACGUACCCAUACAGGAGUUCAAGACUGCCUGCUAUGUCUCACAUGAGGAGUAUGGCCGCCAGUUGCCCACUUUGACCUCUUACAUCAGCACUCUCCCGCCGUCCACACCGUUCCGUAUCUCCGUACACUCAUGGGCCACCGCAUCGAAAGCCUCAGCACUGAUCGAGUCUCGACGAAGGGCGAACCAGAAGGUUGUGUACACAGUUCAGGUCGUCGUUGAUGGGGCUAGAGUCUUUCGUGGCUUCUUCGACAUAACAUCGAAAUGGCCCCAAGAAAUUGCGCAAGAGAAGAGAUCACUCGCCAUCAACGAGUAUCCAUCAAGUCAACGGAAACAAUGCCUCGAGUUCCCGCCCUUUCAUCAACGGACCCUCAUGCAGAACUCAUGGAAUGCUCACGACCCCCAAGGACGAAUAAAGAUAAUGUUGUCGGAACAAUUGAUCAUGAAGACGACAAGUCCUGGAGAGGUAGAUCUUGGCACGACCAACGACAUUGUUUGCUUCUCCUUCCAGCAUGCUCCAAAAGAUGUCCUAGAACAGGCGGGCAUCUCAUGGCCCAUCCGAAACCCUCUCUACCUUCCCACUGCGCUCGAGCGAGCCACGCAUCUGUCACACAUAUCCCCGACAAACUCUCGGACACCGAAGGCCCGGCCCUUCCCAGGCGACAUCAACAUGCAGUCGCCAAUCUCGCAACCAUCGGCAUCCGCCUUUGCCAGAUCGCAGAUUCCCUUACCCAAUCGACGCUCUAAUGCGCAUCUGCCCCCUAUCUCACAAUUCGCAAAGCCACUUCCAGGUUUUAGUAACAACAGUCGCCCGGGCAUAUGGGAUGACAAUCUCAACUCGCUUGUAGAUUCUGCCGAUGACGUUAGCAUGGAUACAUGGUCAACAAGAAGGACGUCGGGCUCGACCAGCGACAUGGCCAUGCCUGACUACAUGUAUGCUUCUUCACAUCUGUCACGGAAAAGUCAACCAUGGAUGCCUGAGAGGUCCCAAUACGAUCAAGGCAUUAGUACAGAGUGGGAAGAUCAUCCGCCGAGGAAGGACAAAGAGAAACAGCUCGUUGUCACCCUUCGAGAUGACCAGCUAGGGCAGAUCAUUCAAGCUAUGAGUCCACCAAAGCAGACUCCUCACGGCCCUUCCGCUGUAAAUGUCAGGAGCCGGAAGGAAGGCCUGGCAUCCGACUCACCGAGGCUGUCUGAACAAGCAAUGCGCCAUGAUCAGAGCCUGCUACCAUCAUUGAACUCAGGUCCUCGGACUGCACAUAUACCCAUCUUUGAGGAUAAAGACGAAUCCUCACACAACACCCAGAAGAACAUUCCUGAUGUAGUGGAGAUCAUCGAUGUGGACGCCAUCGACCCCCAUUUACACACCAAUGCUUCCUUCGAGAGCAACAAGCUGUCUCCGUUCAAGCCCUGCCACAAGACUGGAGUGUCGCUUUCAAGCAUCGACAGUACUGGCCGUCUGGAGAGACAGCUCUACAGCGCCCUUGGUGAAGAACUGGGCAGCUUUGAACACCAUAUCGACACCACAGGCAUGGGACCUGAACUUGCACAAGCACUCGGUGGCGUCGCAGCACACUCCGAUGUCAGCGGCUCCGGCAUGCUGAACCCAAACGCUCACGAAUUUGAGCCAACAAUCAAGCGGAAGAGGCAGAGUACUUUGGGUGGCAGUCGGGAGAGAAGUCCGAUGACUAAGAAAGAGAAGGCUGACUUGCGUGCUGGCGACGAUCAGGAAGAGGUGGUGGUGUGUAUGAGGGGGGAUUGA